AUGACGGAGGUACGAAAGACAAAGAUCGUCUGCACCCUCGGCCCGGUGUCGAGGUCGGUCGAGAUGAUCGAGAAGCUUCUGAGGGCAGGGAUGAAUGUCGCCAGGUUCAACUUCUCCCACGGCUCCCACGAAUACCACCAGGAAACCCUCGAUAACCUCCGCGCCGCCAUGGAGAAUACCGGGAUCCUCUGCGCCGUCAUGCUCGACACGAAGGGUCCAGAGAUACGGACUGGAUUUCUGAGAGAUGGCAAGCCUAUCCAUCUUAAAAAGGGUAAAGAAAUUACUAUAACUACAGAUUACGGCAUAAAGGGCGAUGAGAACACGAUAUCUAUGAGCUACAAAAAGCUUGCGGAGGAUUUGAAGCCAAACAGUGUCAUUUUGUGUGCCGAUGGUUCUAUCACCCUCACAGUGCUUUCUUGCGAUAAGGAUUUGGGACAGGUUCGUUGCCGCUGCGAGAACUCUGCGAUCCUCGGUGAGAGGAAGAAUGUUAAUCUUCCAGGAGUUAAAGUGGACCUUCCUACACUAACAGAGAAGGAUAAGGAAGACAUUCUUGGAUGGGGUGUUCCAAACAAAAUUGACAUCAUUGCCCUCUCCUUCGUGCGCAAAGGUUCUGAUCUUGAACAAGUUAGGGAGGUUCUUGGAGAACAUGCCAAGUCAAUUUUGCUGAUGUCCAAGGUAGAGAAUCAAGAAGGGAUUGCCAACUUUAUUGACAUUCUCAAAAAAUCAGAUGCUUUCAUGGUCGCUCGAGGAGAUUUAGGAAUGGAAAUUCCUACUGAGAAGAUAUUCUAUGCACAGAAGGUGAUGAUAGCCGAGUGUAACAGGCGAGGAAAACCUGUUGUAACCGCGACUCAAAUGCUGGAGUCCAUGACCAAAUCACCACGACCAACUAGAGCAGAAGCAACUGAUGUCGCCAAUGCGGUUCUCGAUGGCACUGACUGUGUGAUGCUCAGUGGUGAAACAGCUGCAGGUGCUUAUCCAGAGCUAGCAGUCCAAACAAUGGCUAAGAUUUGCUUGGAAGCCGAGUCUUACUAUGAUCGGGGUUCCGUUUUCAAAGGGAUUGUUGCUACAGCAUCACUGCCCAUGAGUCCAUCGGAGAGUCUUGCGGCUUCAGCUGUCAGGACAGCCAGCUCUGCCAAGGCAUCUCUCAUCUUGGUUCUGACCAGAGGGGGAACCACUGCAAAACUAGUUGCUAAAUACAGGCCUGAAAUGCCGAUACUGUCAGUGAUCGUUCCAGGUUUGAGGACGGAUUCAUUGGAAUGGUUCUGCAGCGACGUAGCUCCUGCAAGGCACAGCCUCAUAUACAAAGGAAUAAUUCCUGUAUUGAGCUGUGCAUCUGCAAAGGCCUUCGAUAACGAGACUACUGAUGAAGCUGUCAAAAUUGCUCUUGAGCAUGCGAAGGCCACAGGACUAUGCAGACCUGGGGAAUCGAUUGUGGCACUGCAUCGAGAUGGAGGUGCAACCAUGAUGAGGAUUAUGAUUGUUCAGUGA